AUGAACGAAACCGGAACAUUCGAGGAGGAGGAGGAAUUGGAUUACUUUUCGAGGUUGCCUGAAUCUGUUAUUCAUCACAUUUUGUCGAUCCUUCCGUUCAAUGAUGUGGUCCGUUGUUCCGUGUUGUCUAAGAACUGGAAUCGCAUUUGGUGCAAUUACCCCAACAUUGCAUUGGAGUUUCGUGCGUCCCGUAGACCUUCUCAUCGACGUGCUCUGCUCACAUUCCUGGAUCAUAUUGAAGGGAUCUUGGAGCAAUGCCUCUUUCGAAAAGCUUGCAUACAGAAAUUCCAGUUACAUAUUACCUUUUAUAGUAGUCUGGAAGAGUUUGCUCCCAAUAUGGAUCGCUGGAUGGGUGCUGCGAUUGAGAGGAAUGUUUCCGAGUUAGUGCUUAAGUUUACAUACUUGUGUAGACCGAUUUUAUAUUCUAUUCCACAGAGAGUUGUUGUUGCCCAUUCACUGAAGGUUUUAGAGGUUGCAAAAUGUAGGUUUGAGGAUAGGUUUACCUGCAUUGAGCUAUCAAAUCUGCAGAGAUUAAAACUUUGUUGGUGCCAAAUUGUGGGUGAGAAUGUGUUGAACAAGAUUCUAUCUGGAUGCCCUAAGUUGGAGUUUCUGGAUUUAAUUGAUCUGUACGGCUUAAGUUUGAUCUCUAUUUCGAGUAACCCUAGGUUAAAAUAUUUCUGUAUUCAUGGUUUCCGUGUUACAGAGCUGAAGAGGAUUGAAAUCUUCGCACCCGUUCUUGAAACAUUCAAAUAUGCUUUAGAACAUCCAUGUGCCAUUGCCGUGGAUACUUGCACUGCUCUCAAACAUUUGUUUUUUUUUAACGCUCACUUCUCUGCUCAUCAUCUUCCUAUUCACUAUCUUUUGCCUAAACUUCUCUGUAUUGAAAGCUUGGAGUUGUUUCACUUGUAUGAUUGUGAAGCAAAAGGCCAAAUUAAGAUCUCAAGCCCAUGCCUCAGGAGACUAUUUUUUUAUUUUUCCCGUAGCUUUCCGGGUGCUAUAAUCGACACUCCAAAUUUACUUGAACUAAACUUAUCUGUUUAUGGUGCAUGUAACUUAGAUUUCAAGUUCAGUUCUUGGAAUGUUCCAAAGCUAGAGAAAGUUCACUUGGCGUUUUCUGUUGAAAGCUUCUGGACUGUUUACAGGGCUGGGCUAGAGGGUUUCCUUUCGAAAUUACAUAAUUAUGAGAGUUUGAAGUUGUAUAUUGGAAGCAACAAUGGUCAUGUAAGGGACAUGAUUAUGCAUGAGAAACCGCUUGAAGUUCUGUCUUCGUCUCUCGAUGAGUUCCUGAUGAAUGCCAGGCCAUACUCUUUUGUCAUAUCAUCUGUUAGAGAAGACGAUCCCUUACCAUCAGCAUUGUUUAGGUCAAUGCCUGAUACGAAACUUCCUGUUCGUCUAUGCUUGAUAUUUUCUUCUCGCCAAAGCAUUGAGUUGCUGUAUAAAAACUUGAGCAAAGCUGAAAAACUACGGUUUAAUACUUUUGAGCUGGUUUCAACCCAGGAGAUAGAGCAUGAAAUGGACUCUGCCUGGAAAUCCUUCAUUGACACCCAUUCAACCGGUUACCACACUGCUACAAUAAUCAUGGGUCCGAAGGUGAACAACUGAACAUGGUUGGGAGUUGGAUGGUUUAAAAUAGGUUUCCUAAGAAUAGACCAUGUGAAGAUGAUUGUUUUUGUUUUGUUUUUGAAAUGACUAGAGGAACUUGCAAUCGUAUCUGAUCUGAGAGUGUGCACUGGCUAAACUACCUCUCUUUAUGAUCUUAGCUAAUGAGAUAAAUCAACUUAGGUUGUUCAUAA